CUCCUUCCCCGCAUUCAAUAAGAAGAUGAGGCUAUUUAACUGAGCUUGACAGAAGGGAUCUGUAUGGGAAUGAUUGACGCAAUUUUUUUUUUUUGGCAACGCAAUCAGCUAUCAUGGCUCCUACAUUCCGUGCAGAACAAAUCGGGUCGUUGAUGCGGCCCGAGGAGCUGUUGGCUGCCCGUAACGCCGCCGGACUGGGCCGCAUCUACACGCGAACCAACGUGCCGGAGGAUGUGCAGCAGGUGACAAAACAGGCGAUCGCCAAGGUGGUGGAGCAGCAACAGGCGCACAAGGUGCGCCCUAUCAUGACCGGAGAGUUUGAGCGGCCCAUCUUCUAUGCCGGAUUCUUUGAGAACCUGGAGGGUUUCGAGUUGACCAAGGUCCCCAUCCCCGAAGGCUACCGCACGGGGCUUCCGACCGUGCAGACGCUCGAGAAGCUGGGCAUCAAGGAACGGGAUGCCUGCGUGGCUGUGGGAAAGAUCCAGCACGUGCGCAGCCCGUACCUGGCCGACUGGGAGCACCUGCGGAGUCUGGUGCCACAGGAGAAGUGGAAGGAGUGCAAGAUGAGCAUGCCGUCUAUCACUUGGCAGCAUCAACAUUUGCGCGCGGGGGCCGCCUUCACGGCCUCUAGUCCGUACACGACCGACAAAGAGUACUUUGCAGACCUUGCAAGGGCCUUUGCACGGGAGUACCAGGUCCUUUACGACGCGGGACUGCGCUCCAUUCAGGUUGACGAUCCGGCCAUGACAUUCUUUGUCACGGACGAGAUGCGAUCGGGGUGUCUGGUGGAUGGGAUUGACCCGGAUGAACUGCUGGACCUGUAUAUUUGGGCGCAUAACGAAAGUCUCCGGGACCGACCCGCAGAUCUUCAUGUCGGAGUGCACCUCUGUCGGGGCAAUAUGCCCGGGUCAACGCACGUACUCAGCGGGUCGUAUGAGCGCAUCGCGCGACGCAUGUUUACUGAGCUCGAAUACGACACGUUCUACCUGGAGUAUGACACGGAGCGCGCAGGAGACUUCCAGCCGCUGCGGCAUUUGCCGGUGGACAAGAACGUGGUGCUGGGAGUGGUGUCGACGAAGGCACCGGAAUUGGAGACGGUAGAGGAGCUGCAGGCGCGGGUGUAUGAAGCGGCGGAUGUGAUUGCACAGGGGCAAGGCCGGAGUCGGCAAGAGGUGCUUGAUAGCUCGCUUGGAGUGAGUCCGCAGUGUGGCUUCUCGAGUGUGAGCUAUGGUCGGGGAAUUGGAAUGACGGAGGAGCGCAUGUGGGAGAAGCUGCAGUUGGUGCAGAAAGUAGCCGAGCUGGUGUGGCAGUAAUCUGGAGUAGUGUGUAUGCACUUCACUAUAUUCGAAAUGUACCGGAUACUAUUUAGUGUUGAAGAAUGCGUGACCGUCAGGCACAGCAGAUUACAUGACCCACAAUUGCUGUCAAGUACCAUGGCAUGCUGACCUGCACGUGGCCAAAUUGUUGGGUUCCGAAUAUCCGUGAUGAUCCUUAACCAAUUUAUUCUUCUGCAUAAAUGCGGGAUUUUGGGUGGAUGAAUUCCCGCACGGCAACUCUUUCCAGCCGAGCUUGAACUGAAUCUGACCAGUCAGUCUACCG